ACACGCAAACCCUCGUCGUGAAACAGUAAAAACACCCACUCUCUCUCUUCUUCUCCUUAUCUAGUCUUCCGAUCCGCUCUAGGGAGGGAGAAGAGUCUCUCUUCUCUUCUAAUCGUCUUGGCCGAGAGGUUUUGUCCAGGUUUGGCGAUACCCGGUCUGCUUGCUCUUCGGUGCUCAUUCUAAACUUUUACUGCGCAUAGCGGCGGUGGCGAGUGAAAUCGGAAGGAAGAGAUGUCGUACAUGAGAGGAGAUCUGCUGACGAGGACUAGGAAGCUGGUGAAGGGUCUCGCCAAGCCCACCCCCGUUUGGCUCAAGGCCAUGGAACAGGCACCGCCUGUGGCAUUUCCUCGUACCGAUGGAAAGAUCAAGAAGAUUGAGAUGCCGGAGGAUAUUUACGUCAAGAGGUUCUUCAAGAAACAUCCGGAUUCUCUAUACCACGACGCCGUAAAGAUAAGUGGAUUUGAUCCCCCUCCUGCACGAGUUUUUGCUUGGCGCGUGCUGCAACUAAAAGGACAGGGUGUCUGUGAAGAGGAGGCCAUGGCUGUAGCUGAUAUGGAAUAUCGUGCUGAAAAGAAAGGAAAGAAGAAGGCAUAUGCCGAGUUGAAGCAAAUUGCACGCCUCCAGGGGAAGGCACCACCUCCAAACCCAUACCCAAGUGCCAUCAAAGAGAUACAAGCAGAGGAGAAGAAAUAUGUUCAUGAUCGUUUCUUUAAUCCCAAGAUACUUGAGAUUGUGCGAAACAUGAAAGCUGAAAAGGCUGCAAAGAUGCAAGAUCAACAAGGAGGUGGUGGUAGUGGUGCAGGUGGCGGCCAGCCUCGUGGCUGGAAUGUUGGUCAGCGCCGGUGAACUCUCUUCAUGGUUAUAUAAGGUGCUUUGUUAAAUUUGGUCUUUUGUCUGAUCAGUUUGUUCAGAAACUAGGGAACAUUUCAUGUUCAGGGGGUAUGUAAUUCCCACUUUGGGUGUCUUCUUAAUAAAUGAAAAUAGUUGUUUAUCAGGCAGUUUUAGCACAAUGUAUCAAAAAUUGACACAGUAACUAAUGGCAUAUUCAUCGAGUGCUAGUUACUUAUACCUU